AUGCGUUGUAUACCUCACAAUAAUGUUAUCAAUAGUCUGGGCUGUUGUCUUUGCAACUACAUGCUCUCCACGGAUUGCUGUGCGAUGCUCUACGUGUGUCACUCAGUGUCUUUAUUCUCAUCUUGAGCUCUCAGCGACAUAACGGAGGGAGAGGAGCCAGCUGUCUGAGGGCUGCGGGAUCUGCCCCACAUCUCGCCUUUUUACGAUGAUUGCUGCGGCGUUUUUGGUCCUGCUGCGGCCGUACAGCAUCCAAUGUGUGCUGCUGUUGUUGUUGCUCUUGCUCGGGACUAUAGCGACAAUUUUGUUUUUCUGCUGCUGGCACCGCAGGCUUCGCAACGGAAAACAUCCAAUAAAAUCUGUGCUGUCCGGACGCACCAGGAGCCGCGUUGGCCUCCGAUCACAUCAUUUCCGAUCAGAGGGCUUCAGGCACAGUCCACGUCAUGUGAGAAGGAGCCUACACGCUCGAGUGACGGAGGAGAAGCCCAAUCUGGUCGAGAUUCCGGAGAGUGAACCUGAUUCAUCAUCCGGUCUCAGAAAGCGCAAAGUGAAGAAGAGAGUCCUGCCAGAAUUUUACCAGUCUGUGCAAGUCACCCCCACACGCAAACCUAGCUCCAGUUCAGGGAACCCUUCCCUGCACGGAUCCAUGUCUUCCUCGGCGGAUUUUUCAGACGAGGAUGAUUACAGUGUUAAAUCAGGCUCGGCAUCUCCGGCACCCGGGGACACUUUACCCUGGAACCUGCCCAGACAUGAGAGGUCCAAGAGGAAGAUCCAGGGAGGAUCCGUGCUGGAUCCGGCAGAGAGAGCAGUGCUCAGGAUCGCAGAUGAAAGAGACAGAGUGCAGAAAAAGACGUUUACAAAAUGGAUAAACCAGCAUCUGGUGAAGGUACGAAAACAUAUCAAUGACCUGUACGAAGACCUACGAGAUGGACAUAACCUGAUCUCACUGCUGGAGGUUCUGUCUGGAGACACAUUGCCUCGGGAGAGAGGGAGGAUGCGCUUUCACAGGCUGCAGAAUGUACAGAUAGCACUGGAUUUUCUCAAGAGGCGGCAGGUCAAACUUGUAAAUAUCAGGAACGACGACAUCACAGAUGGUAACCCAAAACUGACCCUGGGAUUGAUCUGGACCAUAAUUCUGCACUUUCAGAUCUCGGAGAUCCAUGUGACAGGGGGGUCCGAGGACAUGACAGCCAAGGAAAGGCUGCUGCUCUGGUCCAAGCAGAUAACAGAGGGCUAUGUGGGAGUACGGUGUGACAACUUCACCACCUCCUGGAGGGAUGGGAGGCUUUUUAACGCCAUCAUUCAUAAAUACAGGCCCGACAUGAUAGACAUGAGCCGCAUGUCGGCACAGACCAACAGAUCAAAUCUAGAGCAUGCAUUUGGGGUAGCUGAACAGCUUGGGGUGGCAAGACUGCUGGACCCUGAGGACGUAGACGUUCAGUCUCCCGAUGAGAAAUCGGUCAUCACAUACGUCUCCACACUGUACGACGCCUUCCCCAAGGUACCUGAUGGCGUUGAUGGAAUCAGUCCUCAUGAUGUCGAUAUAAAAUGGGUGGAGUACCAGAACAUGAUCAAAUACCUCAGCCAGUGGAUCAAACACAAUGUGGCCAUGAUGUCAGAUAGAUCAUUCCCAAACAACCCUGUGGAACUCAAGGCACUUUAUACACAGUAUCUGCAGUUUAAAGAAAAUGAAAUCCCGCUGAAGGAGAACGAGAAGACAAAAAUCCAGGAUCUCUACAAAAUGCUCGAGAUGUGGAUCGAGUUUGGACGUAUUCAGUUACCCCAGGGUCAUCAUCCAAACGAUGUGGAAAAGGAAUGGGGGAAAUUGAUUGUUGCCAUGUUGGAAAGAGAGAAGAGCCUGAGGCCUGAGGUUGAAAGGCUGGAAAUGUUGCAGCAGAUUGCCAACAGGGUCCAACGGGACUGUGUUUAUGGAGAGGACAAGCUGGCGUUGGCAAGAACUGCCCUGCAGUCUGAUGCAAAACGUCUCGAGUCUGGUAUCCAGUUUCUUAAUGAAGCAGAGAUUGCUGGCUACCUUUUGGAGUGUGAAAACAUCCUCAGACAACAAGUGGUUGACAUCCAGAUUCUUCUGGAUGGGAAGUUCCCCUUUGCAGACCAGCUUGUCCAAAGGGUAUCAAAACUCCGGGAUGACCUGCUAUCUCUGAGAGCCGAGUGCUCGUCUGUGUACAGCCAUGGCCGCACGCUGACAACAGAACAAACCAAAAUGAUGAUCUCCGGCAUCACACAAAGCCUGAACUCUGGUUUCUCGCAGAACAUCAACUCAAGCUUGACACCAUCCUUUUCUCCUGCACUCACUCCAGGGGGGUUAGGUACCCCUGGAUCCACGUUCACCUCUAGCCUUACACCGUGCCUCACCCCGUCCUUGACACCUGCCUUGACCCCCGGCAUGCAGCCUUCUUCGGUCCAGAGCUACAUGGGGAGUGGUGGCGGCAUGGACCCGAGCAGCCUCAGGCAUUUGAAACACAUGCAGAUCCGCAAGCCCUUACUGAAAUCCUCGCUGGCCGAUUCCAACAUGACAGAAGAGGAGGUCAACAUGAAAUUUGUUCAGGACCUCCUAAACUGGGUGGAAGAGAUACAGCUGACACUUGAUCGUUCAGAGUGGGGAUCAGAUUUGCCGAGUGUGGAAACACAUUUGGACAGCCACAAAAGUGUGCACAGAGCCAUCGAAGAAUUUCAAAUGAGUCUUAAAGAUGCCAAACUGAGUGAGAUUCAGAUGAACAUGCCCCUGAAACUAACCUAUUCAGACAAACUGAACAAGCUGGAGAAGCUGUAUGAGAGGCUGUUGAGCUCUUCUCGAGAGCGUCAAAGCCACCUGGAGAGCCUGCAUGACUUUGUGUCACAGGCGACUCAGGAGCUCAUCUGGCUGAAUGAGAAGGAAGAGGAGGAGGUUGCCUUCGACUGGAGUGAUCGCAACAACGGCAUCUCGAAGAAAAGAGACUACCAUGCUGACCUGAUGAGGGAGCUGGAUGAAAAGGAGGAAGUGAUCAAGUCUGUGCAGGACAAGGCAGAACGCCUUUUGAUCAAGAACCACCCCGCCAGGCUCACUAUUGAGGCAUACAGAGCUGCCAUGCAGACACAGUGGAGCUGGAUUUUACAGCUCUGCGCAUGCGUCGAGCAGCACCUCAAGGAGAAUGCUGUUUAUUUUGAGUAUUUCAGUGAUGCCAAAGACUCCCUAGACUACCUUAGGAACCUGCAAGAUGCCAUUCAAAGAAAAUACAGCUGCGAUCAAACGAGCAGCCUACACAGACUGGAGGACCUCCUUCAGGAGUCAAUGGAGGAGAAAGAGCAGCUUCUUCAGUACCGCAGCACUGUAGCUGGAUUAGUGGGCAGGGCCAAGAAUAUCGUGCAGCUGAAACCCAGGAACCCUGACAGCCCUGUGAGAUCCUCCAUCCCUGUUAAAGCCAUCUGUGAUUACCGACAGAUAGAGAUCACCAUUUAUAAGGAUGACGAGUGCGUGUUGGCCAAUAACUCACACCGGGCAAAGUGGAAGGUCAUCAAUCUAGCCGGCAAUGAAGCCAUGGUGCCCUCUGUCUGCUUCACUGUGCCUCCACCAAACAAAGAGGCUGUUGAUAUGGCAACAAGAACUGAACAGUUAUACCAGAAUGUCCUGGCACUGUGGCACCACUCCCACAUCAACAUGAAGAGUGUGGUGUCGUGGCAUUAUCUAAUGGCUGAUAUACGAGCCAUCCGCAACUGGAAUGUGUCCUCGAUAAAGACCAUGUUGCCAGGUGAGCAUCAGCAGGUCUUGAACAACCUGCAGUCCCACUUUGACGAGUACCUGGAGGACAGCGAGGAGUCCGAGGUAUUCACGGUUGCAGACUGCGCCCAGCUAGAGAGAGAUGUGUUGGCCUGCAAGGAGUACUACCAGGAACUGCUCAGAUCUGCAGAAAGAGAGGAACACGAGGAGUCCGUGUACAACCAUUACAUCUCAGAAAUACGCAACUUCCGCAUGCAUCUGGAGGCUCAUGAAGAACACCUGAUCAGGCAACUCCGUACGCCUCUGGAGAGAGACGACCUGGACCAGAGCCUGCAGCGCAUCACUGAACACGAGAAUAAGACAUCAGAGCUGGAUAAAUUGAGAGGGGACCUUGACGUCAUGAAGGAGAAGUGUGAGGUGUUCCUCAGACAGGCUGCAGGUUCUCCUUCAGUGCCGAAGCUUUCCUCUGAACUCUCCGUCCUCGUUCAGAGCAUGGGCCAAGUGUACUCCAUGUCCUCCAUUUAUAUGGACAAACUGAAAACAGUGAGCUUGGUGGUGAAGCACAGUCAGAGUGCUGAGGCGCUUGUGAAGGCCUACGAGUCCAAACUCUACGAGGAAGAUGCCAUGAACUCUGAUGUCAAGUCCAUUGAGGCGGUCAUCUCAACACUGAAGCAAUGGCGGACAGAGAUCGAUGAGAAGCAGGAGGUGUUUCAUGACAUGGAGGACGAGCUGCAGAAAGCACGAGUCGUCAGCGAACGCAUGUUCAAGGCGCACAACGAGCGUGACUUUGACCUGGACUGGCACAAGGAGAAGGCUGAUCAGCUGAGUGAGAGAUGGCAGAACAUUCACUCCCAGAUUGACAGCAGGCUAAGGGACCUGGAUGGUAUCGGCAAAUCAUUGAAACACUACAGAGACUCCUUCAGUAAUCUCGAUGAAUGGGUGAGAGAAAUGGAAGCAUCCCAGCUGAAGGCCCAAGAAAACAAACCUGAAGAUAGCAAGGCGCUGGCUGAGCUGUUAAACACACAGAAGGUCCUUGUCGCUGAAAUCGAACAAAAACAAGGCAGAAUUGACGAGUGUCAGAAGUACUCUGAGCAUUACUCGUCCUCCAUUAAGGAUUAUGAACUUCAGCUGAUGACCUUCAGAGCGAUGGUCGACUCCCAGCACAAAUCCCCUCUGAAGAAACGGAGGAUGCAGAGCUGUUCUGAUUCCAUUCAGCAGGAGUUCAUGGACCUCCGAACACGCUACACUGCUCUGGUUACCCUCAUGACGCAGUAUGUGAAGUUUGCAAGUGAGACGCUGAAGAGAACGGAAGAAGAGGAGAGGUCUGUUGAUGAGGAGAAGAGAGAGCAUGGUGAUAAAGUUAGCAAACUAUUGCACUGGAUGUCCAAUGUGAAACAGACUUCAAACAAUGGUGGAAAUGCCCAGAAAGAUAGCAAUGCCAACACAGACGCUUCUAAUAAGCCCCAGGUGUCAGUGGAAGAAAUGGUCACUAAGAAGGAACAAAUUGCAGAAGCAUUGAGAGCCACCCAAAUGAUGCUGAACAAACACAGUGACAAGAUGACGGAAGAGGAAAGAGAAAAGGCCCAGGAGCAGCUGAAGAUGCUGAAUCAGGCAUACAGUGAACUCUCCCAACAUUGUUCGGAUCAGACGUCCUCUGCAGAAGAGGAUUCUAACUCCAGUGAUGCUAAGCUUGUAACUGUACCCACGAGUGUCCCGAUGGAUGGCAUGCCUGGAGUUUCCCCUCCAAAGACUGAGACCUCCAACCUCUCUAAGUCCAACCAGCCUGUGUGUCUGACCUCUGACGAUGCUUUCAAACAACAUGACGGUUAUAAAUCCAACCUGAACCAUUCCCCAAAGUUGAAUGAAGCAAACAAGUGCAUACAGGGUUCACACAUCACUUCUGUGUCUCUCUCUGAUAUAACAUCGGCGAGGGAAGGGGCCACAUGUAAAGACCCGAUCAUUAAACUGAUCGAUAUCAAACAGGUCAGUGAUGGAGUGAAGGUGUGCUACAGCGGGGACACACUGUCCCUGGAGGAGGCGUUUCAGUCUGGUGUAAUACCUGCCUCCGUCUAUGUAGAGAUUCUUCAGAAGCAAAAGAGCCGUCAUGAUAUGAUGGAUUUGAGCUCUACCGCAGAUCAGACACCCCUAGAUGUGCAGGAGGUCGAGGCUAAUGAAGUCAACAGUCUGAUAUUAAAGUGCCUCAGCAGAAAUAAAUCACUGACACCAGGAAGGAGUGUUCACACCCUCAGCUCAUCUGGCGAGAGUUCAAGUGAUCGGGAGAACAUGUCAAGGCCGUUGGGUGCUGAGGUGGAUGUAGCUGACUUCAAAGAAAGUCAAGCUGUGCCAGAGGAUGUUAUGAGUAGUAUAUCAAACCUCCAGAAUGCCGAUAGACUGAAGGUGGAUGCAGCCGUUCAGUGCGAUAUGAUGAGCUCAAGCAGCACACUCAUUGUACUCAGAAAUCAGCAGUUUGUUGGACUUGUGUUGCCUCCCUUUGGGGAAAACAAAACAGUGUCUGAAUCAUUCCUGUGUAGUCAUGAACAAAUCACCACAGACGAGUUUACGAGCAGAUGGUUUAGUGAUCGGAGCAAAAUAGCAGCUUUUUACUUUCCAGAAAACUCCGAGGUGGUUGAUAUCGACUCUGCCGUCCAGCAGGGUUUUAUCGACUACUUUACAGCAGAGGUUUUGAAAUCUAUAGAAAUCCCUGAUGUGUUUCCUGAUGUGGAUGAACUUAAUGAGAGGUUUUCGUCUUGGCUCAUGUAUAAAAAACUCACACUUGAUGGAUGCUGUCAUGCUGUGAGUGUAGAAAACAUCCCGACUACAGCUGAGGCUAAGCAGUUGUUAAUCUCCUACCUAAUGUUGAACAGUUACAUCGACCCUAACACAGGACGGAGGGUUCUCAUACUCGACACACAGCUCAGUCAGAUGGUUCAAAUCUUUCUCCAGGAUUCAACAUUUUCUGAAAACACUGAGAAAAAUGUAACCUCUUUGACUUCAGAUGUUGGUGAUCAAUCAGACGCGGUCAGUUUGGAGAGCCAGUUGCACAUAAAUGAGGAAACAGAGGAGAUGAUGAAAUACACACAAGACACGUUUGCUCGUCCUUAUCUUGUCUCCUCUGCAAAUGGAAGAAUUUCAUUUGCAGAAAAAAUAUAUGCAAAUGACGAGGCGCUAAAACAGCAUCCUCUCAGAGAUUUUUUAGUUUGUAAUGACACUGAUAUGGAAAACACGGAGCCUGAAGAAGCAGAUAAAAACUUGUGUCAAAACUGGACAAAGUCAGGAGAAUCUGCAGAGAGACUUUUUGAAAAUACUUUACAACAUGAUAGCGUUGGAGGCGACUGUGAAGGUGAUGAAGUUCCUUCUCUUCCAGACAUUUCAGACUCAUCAUCGUUAGGGAUGUUUGACUGUGAAAUGACUGUGAAAUCCUUCCACCAAACAAUCACCUACACCCACGAUGCUGACUCACUUUGCAGUGAAUCAGAGGAAAUAGAUUUCAGCCAGGCUGACUUUUUUUGUUCGGAGGACUUUUCGGAGGCUGGAAAUGAGCAAGACUACGUGGUUCAUCUUCUAAAAGCAGAAAUAGAGGAAGUGUCUGUUGUAGAAGUCACCUCCGGGAGACAUAAACUAGAGGAACUGGAGGAAGUUCCCGGUGAGCGAAUGGUUGAAGAGAUGAAAAAACUGCUUCAGAUGGAUUCAGAUGAAGAAGACGUUAUUGUAGAAGAUGAGGAGAGCACAAUGUUUGAUUCAAAACAGGCAGACUCAUAUUUUAGCAUAUCCUCAAAUACACUUCUUUGCGUGGGUAAAGAGAAGAACCUUUUGGAAUCAAGUGGCACCAAUAGCUUCAGUGAGUCAUUGAAGUCAGAAUUGGUCGAAGAUGACCGCAAAACAAACAUUUAUCCAGAAGAGGACGGCGCUCAUUUCAGUCCUGAUGAUCACAAUCUGGGCUCUAAUAUUAUUAAUGAAGCUGGAAGCACACCAGAGCCGGUUGAGAGGGAGGUUGCUGUCAUUGUGCUUAAUCUGACCAAUCAGGAAGCUAAUAUCAAAGAGAUGGAGAGUGAGAGUGGAGAUGAAGAGGUAGAUUGGGAGACAACAGGAAACGUAGAUAAGAUGAGUAAUUCUCCACAGCUUUCCCCUCCCUCGGUCGGUGCUCAUGAGACCGCGAUGAUCUCACCCUCGUUGUGGGGUCAGGUUACUGCAGAGUGUGAUCAUCACGCUGAGGGAGAGCAUUUACCGGCUGAAGGCGAUGACUCACAGGGUGCAAUCAAUCUGAUGGACACAGCUGAUGAAUCAAGCGCUGUGAUAGAAAACUCUGCUACAGCUACACAGUCACGUCCAGCUAGUCUGAGUGACAGGAUUACUUCUGAAGCUCAAUAUUCCGCAUCUGCUAAUUCAGAAUCUGACAUUUCUACCACCGAUAAUGAGUGUUUCAUAGUUGGGUAUGAUGUCGAAAUGGGAAACCAGACAAUAGGCAAAAGCGAAUUAGACAUUUCUUCAUCACAUCGCAAUGUGUUUUUCGGGGAAAGUCAAAUUGAGAACGACACAUGUACAGUUCGGUCACCUUUGGACACCGAGCCAACUUUAAGUGGAGAUUACUCAUCGCUCAGGGCUUUGGUUGAAAGUGCAGUCGUUUCUGUCUCCAGGGGUAAUUGUAACAAUGAUGACAACAUUACAAAAGAUGGCAGCAGAACAGCAUUACCUCAACAGGCAGCACUUGAUUCAGAAAGCGAAUUAAGUGUUGAAACUGAGCCACAAUGUUCUCAUAACGGUCCGGGUAUGUUUGUUCAGAGAUCUCCUCAGUCACCUGUUGUUUUUGAUGAAGUGGCUUCAACCAAUACAACCAGUCUGAAGUGUUUUAAUGUACAGGAUUCAGAAGGUUACACUCUUUUGUCAGGUUCACAUGACAUUGAGUUAAGCCCACACAGUCUUCCCCAAGAGAGGCAUCACAGGGACAUAUUUCCAGAUUCCAGUGAUAUGAAUCAGAUCUCUUUGUCAAUGAAUACACAAAUGCCAAAGACAGAAGAUAAACUAAAUGCGGAUAUCGGUGCAGAAGUCUCAGAGAUGAAUCCAGGAAUGUCUGAAAGUUUAAUGGGUGUAGGAUUAGGAUCUGAUAUUCAAUCAAAGGAAUUAAAAUCAGAUCAAUGUGCUGCUGAGCAUCACCAGGAAGCUGCUGAUGUCCUGUCGGAGAGCUGCAGUACAUCUUCAGCUCCAUCUUUGUUUUCUGAGGCUGUAAGGACAUAUUCAGAUGACCCGGAGGUAUUGCUUGAAACGAUUAGUGUCAGUGAUUUGCAAAAGGCACAAACUCCAGACAGUGACUGCACGAUUGCUAUAAUUGCAAGUACUCCACAAAGUGUAGACGAAGAGAGAGACACAUUGCAUGGACUUAUAGAGAGCGCUCAACCCGAUCUCCUCAUGGACUUGCUGAAGCAAAAUGCCCCCGAUGUGAGCAACAAAGAAGGGGGAAGCUCAGAGCUGAUCAUACAAGAGGACAAAGGCAGUGAGAAGACAGAAAAGUCUGAGGCUCCAAACAUCCAGCUGCAGCUGCUGGAGGUUCUCAAGUCUGUUUCCUCGAGCCAAGACCUGUCGAUGCUUCAGGAAGUGAUGGACACGCUGAACUCUGCUCUGGGGGGGGAUUCUCAGGAGGAGCGGAGGCACAUACUGGAGAGCAUCAAGGAGGAGAGCUCAGGGGGGGAAGAUGAGGGAUCGGAAGAGGGUGACUGUCAGUCUGCUGCGACAAGUCACCGAUCAUCUCCUCAGUCGCCUGUCCGGUCAGAUACCUGCAAAGUAGAGGAAGUCAAAAACAAGCUGUACUCAAUCCAGGAUUACUUGGAGUGUGUGGGGAGACUUCAGGAUCACGCUGAUGUUUUAGAUGAUGUCGGAAAUGACCUUUUAAUGCAGGCUCCUGUGGGUAACCACAUGGAAGAACUGCAGAUCCAAAUAGAGGAAUGUCAGUCUCUGGAGUCCCAGCUUUCUAGACUGGCUGGUGUCCUGACAGCUGAUUUGGAGAAAGCCAAACAGCUCAUGAAUUCUGCUGAUGAGGGCGUUCCCAUACAGAUCCAACAAGAUUUGGCCUCCACAUAUAUGGAGCUGGAGCCUAACUUUAGGGCUGUUUCACAGAUGUGUGCAGACAGGGGUCACUCCCUAAUUCAAGCAAUGGAAGCAGGAAAGGUACAUUUGGAAUCAACUUACCAGAAACAUCUCAGUGAUCUUAAGGAGUUAGCAGGCAUCAUCCAACACAGCUCUGAGAUGAAUGACAGGGAUUUGAACACAUGUGAUGUGGAGACACUGAAAGAUUUAAUUCAGCAGAACAGGGACACUGAGAGCAAUCUGCAAAAAGAAGCUCGACUCAAGUUAGAGGACAUCACAUUCGAAAUCCAGUGCUUUAUUUCUGAGCAUGCUCAGUUCCUGAGUCCGGCUCAGAGCAGCUGCCUCCUAAAGUUCCUCAGCAGCACUCAGAGAGCAUUCAGGGAGCAGACCGACAGACUUCUUACCCAGAGGAGCGACCUAGAGCUCCUUCUGGACACCUGGGAGAAAGAGAACCAGCAGAAGUCCUUGCAGGAGAAACACAAGGAAUUCACAGAGAAGUUGGAGGAAGUGUGUGAUAACCUCAUGACAGAAAACCACCUGAUUGGUCACCAGCAACAGGCUGAACAUGCUGAGAGCGUCACAGACCUACAGCAGUACCAACAGGAACAUCAGAAUCUGCAAAAAGAUGUGUUGACCAACGCCAGUGCCUUAAAUGAAGUCAUCACCAGUACCAAAAAAUUUCUGGAGGAAAACCGCAACAAGCUGACGCCGGAUGAAAUCGCCGUCAUCGAGAGCAAGUUAGAGGAGGCUAAAAGCAAAGCGAAGGUCAUCGACCAGCGGGCCGAGGAGUCCAGGAAAGAUCUGGAGAAGGUUGUUACCACGGCUAUAAAACAGGAGAGUGAAAAGGCCGCAGCUGUUGAGCGCCUUGAAGAAAGUAAGAACAAAAUCGAGGGUCUUCUGGACUGGAUAUCAAACAUAGGGAAUCAAAACGAGAACGGUCUGGUUCAAACUGACCAUGUAAAUAAAGAGAACGGAAACCUGCCUGAAGAAACCUCAGCUCAGGGACUGAUAGGAGACGAUGACGAUGCCAACGGAAACGCAUUACAGACCUCUGAAAUGGACGUCGACGUAGAGACCAGUGAGAAGAAAGACGCCUCUCUGGAUCUCGAUAAGCAAUAUGACAGAGUCAAGGCCCGUCAUCAGGAGAUCCUGUCCCAGCAGCAGGAUCUGAUCAUGGCCACACAAUCAGCUCAGGCUCUCCUCGACAAACAAGCGGACGUGCUGUCUCCGCAGGAGAAGGAGAAACUCCAGAAGAACAUCCAGGAGCUGAAGGGGCGCUACGACGCCUCGCUGACGCAGGCCGAGCAGCAGAUGAAGCUGCAGUGUGUGCAGGAGGAGCUGAAGAAGUUCCAGGAUGACACUGAGGAGUUUGAGGGCUGGUUGGACCAGGCGGAGGGUGAAGUGGACGAGCUGGGAGCCCCUGCUAGUUCCCUAAAUAUCCUCUCUGAUAAACUCCUGCGACAGAAAAGCUUCUCAGAAGAUGUGAUCUCGCACAAAGGGGAUCUUCGCUUUAUCACCAUUUCAGGACAGAAAGUUCUGGAUGUGGCUAAAGCUUGUGGACUAAACGACCCUGCAGCUAAAAGUGCUCAGCUGAACGUGGAUACUUCAGGAACCUGUUCUGCUGUCAAGGACAAGUUGGAUUCAGCAGCCAGCAGAUACAAAACACUACAUUCAAAGUGCAAUCAGCUUGGCAACAACCUCAAAGACGUGGUGGACAAAUUCAAGAAGUAUGACGAGUCGAGCGCCGGUCUUUUGACGUGGCUCAACAGCUCAGAGGAGGAGGCGAGAAAGCAGCAAUCAGAGGCCAUCGCAGCUGAGCCACAAACACUACAGAAACAGCUGGAAGACACCAAGGCCCUACAAGGUCAGAUGACGGGACAUCAGACGGCGAUUGACACACUUCGCAAAACAGCUGAGUCUUUGAUAACUUCUGAGGGAGACCUGCUGAGCAACUCAGAUGAGAUCCAGGAGACAGUAGAUGACAUCGUUGAGCGCUAUGACAACGUGUCUAAGUCUGUAAGUGACCGCAACGAGAAACUGCAGAUCACCCUGACUCGCUCCAUGAGUGUCCAGGACGGUUUGGACGAGAUGAUCGGAUGGAUGGAGGGAGUGGAGGCCAGUGUGAAGGAGACAGGAACAAUUCCUCUGGACUCUGCAUCCCUAGGAGACAUCCUCAGCAAAGAAGCAGCCUUAGAGCAGGACAUAGCAAGUCGACAGAGCAGCGUCUCAACCAUGAAAGCCAAAGUGAAGAAGUUUGUGGAGACGGCAGAUCCCUCCGCUGCCGCCCUCCUGCAGUCUAAGAUGGACGCUCUCUCCCAGCGCUUCACGGACGCCUGUGACAAGCACAAGCAGAAAGUCACGCAGAUCGAGGAGCUGAAGGAAAAGGUGGACCAGUUUGAGGAGGUCGCAGAUAAAGUGCAGCAGUUUGUUGUGAAGCGUACACAAGCUCUGAACGAGACGGACGGGCCGGGGAAAACCUUUGAUGAAGUGUCUCAGCUCAUGCAGAACACCAAAGCUGAGAUGGCAGAGCAUGCCAGUGAUUUGGAGAAGCUGCAGACGCUCUCCAAGGAGCUUUCUGAAAUCAGCUCUGAUGGCAACAAAUCCCAGAUCCAGAACAGGAUGGACAAUCUCUCAAAUACUUUCAACACUUUCAAAGACACUGUCAAAGAAAAGGAAGAGGAGGUAUCGUCCUGUCAGGACCAGCUUGGAGAGUUCAGAUCUGCUGCUGGCGCUCUCACAAAGUGGCUGGAGGAGACCAAUGAGAAAGUACCUGCGGUUCACGCGGGCGUCAGCGUGAAGACUCUGGAGAAGGACCUGCACAUUGUAACUGGAUUAUUGGAUGAAUGGACGUCCAAAGACCCUGCUGUCAAAGACCUGAACAGUAAAGGAUCGGAGCUCUGCAGCCUUAUUACCGUCCUCACAUCCCCUGCCAAGACAAAGACCUCUAACAAGUCAGCUCUUACUAAUGGUGGUGGUCCAGGAAGCCAUUCCUACCUAACCAAUAAAGAGCUGAUGGUUAUUCAGCAGAACAUAUCAUAUGUCAACGAGGGAUACACGAGCCUCGGGGAAACGCUGCAGAGUCGAGCAGCAGAGCUGAGUAGUUCAGUGGAGGAGGUGAAAGAUGCCCAAAAGGAGACAGAGGACAUGAUGACGUGGCUGAAGGACAUGAAAAAGACCGCAGCCUCAUGGAACAGUGCCCCAACAGAGAAGGAUUCAGUGAAAACACAGCUUGAACAGCAGAAGGAAUGUGAGGAUGGCAUGAAGCAAAAGCGGGAGCAGCUCCAGAAGCUCAGAGAGAAGCUCCUCAACUUGAUUAAGACUCACCCAAACUCCCCCGAGGCAGCCAAAUGGAAGCAGAUGCUUGCAGAAAUAGAUGCUGCUUGGGCAGAUAUCAGCGGCUCCGUAGAGGAGAGGAAGCAGCACCUGGAGCAGUCCAACAAGAACCUGGACGUCUUCCAAACAACUGAGCUGCAGCUUGGUCAGUGGCUUUCAGAAAAGGAGAUGAUGAUGAGUGUCCUUGGACCCCUCUCGAUAGACCCCAACAUGCUAAAGAUGCAGAAGCAACAGGUUCAGAUCCUCCAGAACGAGUUUAAGAGCCGCCAACCUCAAUAUGAGCGACUCCAGGAAACUGCUACAGCCAUCCUGAGCUCAUCAGCCAACCAGGACCCCUCAAGUGGGAAUCUGGUGAAGGAGCAGCUCGCUAAUGUCUCCCAGAAAUGGCAAGGCCUCACGGGACAGCUGGACCAGAGAGACGGCCUGAUCGACCAGGCCGUGGUGAAGACGGGGCAGUUCCAGGAGUUACUGAGGAGCAUCAGUCAAACGGCCACUCAGUUGGAGAAUCAGCUCACCAAUUGUCAGGGCAACAGCACCCAGCCUGACGCUGUGAAGAAGCAGUUAGAGGACGUCCAAAACAUCUCUUCUCAACUGAGAGAGGAGAGAAAGAAGCUGAAGGAGGCCGAGGCAGUCAACGCAGAGCUCACAGCGAUGGUGACUGAGGACUAUCUCAAAGCAGACUUAGCCAGGCAGCUGGAGAGUGUCAGCAAACCUUUCAAACAGCUGGAAGAGAAAGCAGCAAAACGGGUCGAGCAGCUCAACUCAACCUUUGCCAGCUCUCAGCAGUUCCACCAGACCUCCAAAGACUUCCACUCGUGGCUGGACCAGAAGCUUCAGGAUCAGUCCAAGCCCCAGUCCAUCUCUUCUAAAGCAGAUGUUCUGCAAAAUACCCUGGAGGAGCACAACAGUUUCAAGAAGGCUCUCGGUGAACACGAGGGAGCUUAUUCCACCAUCAUUGGGGAAGGGGAAAUGCUUCUGAAGAACACCGAGGGUGCAGAGAAGUUGGCACUUCAAGGGCAGCUUUCUACGCUCUCUUCUAACUGGGAGGAGGUGAAGAAGAACUCUGCGGAACAGGCCGACAAACUCCAGACGGCCCUGCAGAGGUCUCUGAAGUUUCAGGAGCAUGCAGAGAAGCUCGGCUCUUGGAUUCAAGAGUGUGAAGCUAGUGAGGGCAAAGUGAAGCUCAACGUUGAUCCUGUGGCCGUGGAGAGCUCCAUCUCUCAGGUGAAAGCUCUGCUGAAAGAUGUAGACAAGCACAGAGGGAUGGUGGAGCAGCUCAACACAGCUGCAGAUACCCUUCUUGAGGUUGCCAACACAGACACUGACGCUGUCAAAGAGGAGAAGGCCAGCAUUAACAAAAGAGUGGACAAUGUUGCAGAAGGUCUACAGAGCAAAAGGGAGUCCCUUGAGAAGCUCUCACAUACUGUUAAGGAAUUUAAUGACGCUUAUAAAGAGGCGAAGGGUCAGCUCGAGGGGGCAAAGAAGCAGGUGGAUGCUUAUGAAUCACAGGGAAUGCAGGCGCACAGCAACAAGAACCUGACCAACAUGAAAGCCCAACAGAAAAGUUUAGAAGGAGUGCAGAACCAGUUGGAGCACCUGAAGAGCUUGGCCAAAGACCUAGUGGUAGAGAUCCCAGAUGCCGAUGGAGUGACAGACCUCUUACUGCAAGCAGACAGCGUGGAAAAAGACUACAGCACCCUUAACAAGAAACUAGAGGAGACGUGUCAAGUCCUGGAGGGUAAACUACAGGGAAUCGGCCAGUUCCAGAACAGCAUCCGCGAGAUGUUCACCCGCUUCACAGACCUGGACGAUGAGCUGGAUAGCAUGGCUCCGGUGGAUCUCGACUUGGCUACUCUGAAAGAGCAGCAGGAGAGCAUUCAGAGCUUCGUGGCUAAGCUGCAAGAGCUAAUGGCCAACACAGCCAAUGCUGGAGACAGCUGUAAGAAAAUGCUAGAGAGUGAAAGCUCUCCUGACCUGCUGGGCCUGAAGAGAGACCUGGACGCUCUGAGUAAGCAGUGUGGUAAACUGCUGGACCGGGCCAAAGGCAGAGAGGUGCAGGUGCAGAGUACUCUCACCAAACUGGAGGAGUUGUAUGAUAAACUCCACGUAUCAGAAGAUAAACUAAGUAAGGCUGUCGACAAGGAGGCGUCCCAGGAGGCGGUUGGCAUGGAAACAGACGUCAUCAACCAACAGCUGGAGGCCUUUAAGGAUUUCCAGAAAGCAGACAUUGACCCAUUGCACACACAGCUUCAAGACAUCAACUCCCUCGGCCAGGGUCUGAUCCAAACUGCUGCCAAGGGCACCAGCACCAAGAAGCUUGAGGAUGACCUGGAGGAAGUCAACACAAAGUGGAAUACCCUCAACAAAAAGAUUGCUGAGCGUUCAGCCCAGCUGCACGAAGCCCUGCUGCGCUGUGGGAGGUUCCAGGAUGCUUUGGAGUCACUGCUCAGCUGGUUGACCGACACAGAGGAGCUGGUGGCCAAUCAGAAACCUCCGUCUGCAGAGUUCAAAGUCGUCAAAGCGCAGAUCCAAGAGCAGAAACUCUUACAGAGACUGCUGGAUGACCGAAAGCCAACAGUGGAGCUGAUAAAGAAAGAGGGAGGCAAGGUUGCAGAACUGGCCGAGUCUGUGGAUAAGGAGAAGGUUGCAAAAGAGAUCGAAUGCCUCGGGCAGAGGUGGGACAGUCUGCUGAAGAAGGCUGAAAACAGGCACAAGCAACUGGAGAGCAUCUUGGUGGUCACUCAGCAGUUCCAUGAGACCCUGGAGCCACUGAGCGAGUGGCUCGCAGCUACAGAGAAACAGCUGGCUAACUCUGAGCCCAUCGGCACUGAGACGUCGAAACUGGAAGAUCAGAUCUCUCAGCAUAAGGCCUUAGAGGAGGAGAUAAUGAAACACAGUAAAGACCUGUUUCAGGCCGUCAGUCUGGGUCAGAUGCUCAAAACUGUGAGCUCAGUGGACGAUAAGGAGUUUGUUCAGUCCAAACUGGACAGCACCCAGGCCAGUUACAUAGAGCUCCAGGAGCGAUGCAGGAGGAAAGGCGAGAUGCUGCAGCAGGCUCUGGCUAACGCCCAGCUGUUUGGAGAGGACGAGGUGGACCUCAUGAACUGGCUCAACGAGGUCCACGUGAAGCUGAGCGAGGUGUCUGUGGAGGACUACAAAAUAAGUGUUCUUGAAAAGCAGCUGGCAGAACAACGGGCACUACAAAGUGAUAUUGAGUUGAGAAAGAACAAUGUUGACCAGGCCAUCUCUAACGGGAUGGAGCUUCUGAAACAAUCAACAGGUGAUGAAGUUGUUGUAAUUCAAGGAAAACUGGACGGAAUCAAAACAAAGUAUGCUGAGAUCAACUCUGUGAGUGAUAAUGUUUUGAAGAAGCUGGAGAAGGUUCUGAACCUCUCCUCAAAGCUGCAGCACACUCAUGAGGAUCUGAGCUCCUGGCUGGAGAACGUUGAGGCUGAGACCAGAACGUUUGCUGAGCAGGAGCCAGUGGGAGAGCAGCUUGUCCAUGCACAAAGCAGGAAGAAGGACUUGCUGAAGGAGACCAAAGACAAAAAAUCAUCAAUGGACAAGCUGAAUGAGUUAAGCAGUUCUCUCCUGGAUCUGAUCCCCUGGCACGCUCGGGAGGGUCUGGACAAGCUGGUGACCGAGGAUAAUGAGCGAUACAGAGCCGUCUCUGACACCAUCAACCAGCAGGUCGACCAGAUCAAUGCUGAUAUACUCAAGUCACAACAGUUUGAGCAGGCUGCAGACUCUGAACUCUCCUGGCUCACUGAGGCUGAGAGGAAGUUGCUCUCGAUGGGCGAGAUCAGGCUGGAGCAGGACCAAACCACAGCCCAGCUCCAAGCACAGAAGAUCUUCUCUAUGGACAUCAUGAGGCACAAAGACGCUGUGGAUGAUAUUGUAAAAACUGGAAAGGCCAUCAUGAACAGUAAAAACCCAGAGGAGAAAGAGAUGUUGAAGGCCAAGACUCAGACUCUCCUGGAGAAAUACGGUGUGGUCAGUCAGCUGAACUCAGAGCGCUGUCUGCAGCUGGAGCGUGCUCAGUCUCUGGCCAGUCAGUUCUGGGAGACCUACGAGGAGAUGUGGCCGUGGCUCCAGGAGACCUUGAGCACCUUCAGUCAGCUUCCUCUACCUGCCAUCGAGUACGAGGCGCUGAGGCAGCAGCAAGAGGAACUCAGGCAAAUGCGGGAGCUGAUCUCGGAGCACAAGCCUCACAUCGACAAGAUGAAUAAGACGGGGCCUCAGUUACUCGAGCUCAGUCCAGUGGAGGGGGCGCCCAUCAGAGAGAAGUACACAGCAUCAGACAAACUGUACACCCAGCUCAAGGCUGAUGUCACUCAGAGAGCUGCUACUCUGGAUGAGGCCAUCUCCAAAUCUACACAGUUCCAUGAUAAAAUCGACCCGAUGCUGGAAUCCCUGGAGCGGAUAGCUGAGCGUCUGCGCCAGCCUCCGUCCAUCUCGGUGGAGCUGGACAAGAUCAAGGAGCAGAUUACAGAGAAUAAGUCCUUCUCUGUGGAUCUGGAGAAGCUGCAGCCGUCUUAUGGGACACUGAAGGAGCGUGGCGAGGAGAUGAUCGCUCGGUCUCGAGGAGCCGACAAGGACAUUUCUGCUAAAGCUGUUCAAGACAAACUGGACCAGAUGGUGUUCCUCUGGAGCGACAUCCAGGCCUUACUGGAGGAGCGGGAGGCUAAGCUGCUGGAUGUGAUGGACCUGGCAGACAAGUUCUGGUGCGACCACUGCGCUCUGAUCGUCACAAUCAAAGACAGCCAGGACCUGCUGAGGGAGCUGGAGGAGCCUGGCGUCGACCCGUCAGUCGUCAAACAGCAGCAGGAGUUUGUCGAGGGAUUCAAGGAGGAGAUCGAUGGGCUGCAGGAAGAGCUUGAAGUGGUUCAAAACCAGGGUGCAGAGCUGAUGACUGCCUGCGGGGAACCUGAUAAACCUGUGAUAAAGAAAAGUCUCGAUGAGGUGAAUUCAGCGUGGGAAUAUCUCAAUAAGACGUGGAAGGAGAGAGUGGAGGGACUGGAGGAGGCCAUGCAGGCUGCUGUGCAGUUUCAGGAUGGCCUACAGGGUAUGUUUGACUGGGUGGACAUUCUUGAGAGCAAACUGGAUUCAAUGUCACCUGUAGGCACGGACCUGGAAACUGUCAAACAGCAGAUGGUCGAGCUCAAGGAGUUCAAAGGAGAGGCGUACCAGCUGCAAAUUGAGAUGGAGCGCCUGAACCACCAGGCAGGCCUCCUGCUGAAGAAGGUGACAGAGGAGGCGGAUCGCAGCGCCAUCCAGGAGCCAAUGUCCGAGCUCAAGAUGCUCUGGGACAACCUGGAUGAGAAGAUCAUCAGCAGACAGCACAAACUGGAGGGAGGCCUUCUGGCUCUGGGGCAGUUUCAGCACGCACUGGACGAGCUGCUGGCCUGGAUGAGCCACACCGAGGAGCUUCUGAACGAGCAGAGGAAGGCAGGAGGAGACCCCAAAGCCAUCGAGAUCGAGCUCGCCAAGCACCAUGUUCUCCAAAAUGACGUUUUGGCUCACAAGGCGACAGUUGAGACAGUCAAUAAAGCCGGUACUGAUCUGGUGGAGUCCAGCGCUGGAGAGGAAGCUUCCAGUCUUCAGAGCAAACUGGAAAACCUGAACCAGCGGUGGAAAGCCAUCCUGGAGAAGACGACGCAGAGGAAGCAGCAACUGGAGAGUUCUCUGCUUCAGGCCCAAGGUUUCCAUGGUGAGAUAGAAGAUAUGCAGCAAUGGCUGAAAGACACAGAACGUCAGCUGUUGGCAUCAAAGGCUGUGGGAGGCUUACCAGACACGGCCCGGGAGCAGCUUAACGCCCAUCUG